CAUCCCACCAAAGUGCCUACAAAUAUGUUCACUCAAACCAAAUGUUUGUCAAUUGAAGUUAUCGUGGUGCCGAAAUUACAUCCAACAUGCCUGUCGACUACAGUGGAACCUGGGACAUCAUAAGUAAUGAAAACUUUGAAGCUUAUAUGGUUGCUCUUGGGAUUGAUUUUGCAACUCGGAAGAUUGCAAGUGUGUUAAAGCCUCAGAAGGUGAUUGAGCAAAAUGGUGAUUCUUUCACUAUUAAAACCUUUACUACAUUCAAGAACCUUACAACCUCAUUCAAGAUUGGUGAAGAGUUUGAAGAUGUGACCAAAGGAAUGGAUAACAGAACAUGCAAGACUAUUGUCAACUGGGAAAACGAUAAACUUGUGUGUGUCCAGAAAGGAGAAAAGAAAAAUCGAGGGUGGACACAUUGGAUAGAGGGAGACCAGCUCUAUCUGGAGAUCACCUGUGAAGAUAAAACCUGCAGGCAAAUCUUCAAAAAGAGUGCAUGAUAAUAUACUGACUUGAAAUGUGUAUGUUAUUUCUUAUUCCUACAAAGAAACAUACCUCUAUCAUGUAGUUUAAGUAUAGACUGUGUAGCCUAGACUGUCUGUAUUUAUUAGCUAACAUAGGUCACAUAGUAUAAUCUCUAUAAUCAAUCUAUAGAUUGCAUUUUUGUCACCUUUGUUCAUGACCCUUUUCAUAAAAGGUGAAACCAUAUAUACCAUAUAGUCAUAUAUUGUAGUGAGUACCAGAGUCAUGCUUUUUGGUACACAUUAUUGAGGGAUUCAUACUGGAAGCAGAUAGUAAACCUCUGCACGUCAAACCUUAUACUAUGCAAGCACAGCUGCAAGCUACCGACCAUAUACCAAGAAAUAGAAUUAUGCCCUUUGAGACCCAGCACCAGUCUUUGGUUCGGACCAAGGCUAAACAAAUUUACUAAAUAGGCCAACAGUCAUUGCCCAUUGAAUAAGUGCAGAUAGCUCAUUUCGGUUCACCAUUGUUCCAAUAUCAAAGCUUGUGAAUUAGAAUAGUCAGAAAGGAAUGCUGGAUUUCAUCCCGAAAAUUGCUACAUGAUGUAGUAGGUCGACCUGGCAUAUUUGGCAUAGCCUACUGGAUUUGACAUUACAACAGAAUGUACUAAAUCUUUGUUCAAUAGUAUGAUGUGAGACCCAGAACAUGUUGGCAUUAAUGGGCCUACUUUGAAAUGCCAGAUGUAGUAUGUCUAGAUAUUUUUGU